GAAUGUCUUGUCAUCUCAAUUAUCAAAUAUUGUGAUUCCCACCGCCCGCAACAACCACCGACUAGCCUCGCGUGUUCCUUACGUGCCACCGUGUAUCAUUUGCACGGUGAACACUUUUAACUUCUUCGGUCUCUCUUUCUCUACCGGUAGCACAUUUCAAAUGUUUCGCGUUCUCUAUUCUGUUUUCUCUCGAAAACUGUUUUUCCUUUUAUUUUACUGUACAUAUCAAUGUGAAGUUCAGUUAUAUACGUAUAUAUGAAUCUAUAGAUACAAUCUUACAGUCCCCCUGUGUGGCUAUGUGUACGUAUAUAUUUACUAACUCACCUAUUCUUCGCUUCUUUACCGUUCAUUUCCCGUUUACUCUUUCCUCUCUCUCACUAUAUAUAUCUUUCUAGCUCAUGAUUCAAUCUGAUCAAUUGCAGUUUUCAACAAUACGUACAUUUUUUCUACCGUGCAACUAUAUAUAGUAGUGAGGGAAAUUGGAAAUUUGAGGUGAAUUUUUUAGCAUAGAAGAGUGAUGUUGGACCUUAAUCUGACUAUUGAUGCGAAUGGAUCGAUCUUCAAUGGAAUUGAAACAAUUUGGGAAAAGCAACACGAAUUUGGCGGAAGACAAAUGGAGAAUUCCGGCAGUUCUAGUUCUUCUGUUGUUAAUAUGGAAAUCUCCAACGCCGUCGGUGAUGAAGACUCCUCUUCGAAUCCUUUCUUCAGUUUCGAUAUAUUGAAAAGUAAUGGAGAAGUGAACGACUAUAGGGAGAGUGAGAAUCAAAGCCACGGAUUUGUGACGACGGAGUUUUUCCCGGGAGCGGCUGUGGCGAAGCAGUGUCAAUGGUUGGAUCUUUCGGGGAAUUACGGUGGGGCGGUGGAGCAGAGGAUCGUCGCUCAGCAGCAGCCGCUGCAGAGACAGCAGGCGAAGAAGAGCAGGAGAGGACCAAGGUCUCGAAGCUCUCAGUACCGUGGAGUUACAUUCUAUCGUAGAACUGGACGAUGGGAAUCUCACAUUUGGGACAGUGGAAAACAAGUUUAUUUAGGGGGCUUCGACACUGCACAUGAUGCAGCUAGGGCAUAUGAUCGUGCUGCGAUCAAAUUCCGUGGGAUUGAUGCUGAUAUCAAUUUCAACGUAGUUGAUUAUGAAAAAGACCUUAAGCAGAUAAAAAAUUUAACCAAAGAAGAAUUUGUACAUAUACUGCGUCGCCAGAGCACUGGGUUUUCUAGAGGAAGUUCGAAGUACAGGGGAGUCACAUUGCACAAAUGUGGCCGUUGGGAAGCUCGAAUGGGACAAUUUCUUGGCAAAAAGUAUAUCUAUCUCGGGUUGUUUGACAGUGAGUUGGAAGCUGCGAGGGCAUAUGACAAAGCUGCUAUAAAAUGUAACGGAAGGGAAGCAGUCACUAAUUUUGAGCCAAGCACAUACGAAGAGAAGAUUAGCUCUGAGGCAGCUGGUGGAAACCAUAAUCUUGAUCUGAACUUGGGCAUUGCUCCCCCUUGUUCUACUGAUGGCCAAAUCAGGACAAUUGAUGCUGAUGGCUUCCAGAUUCACUGCAGCUCAGAUGGCAUCCUUCCUGUAAAUGGAGCAAGGGUGCAUAAAUAUGCUUCAGCCACAAUGGACACACAAUUGUCGAAUGGAUAUAUCGAUGUGCUCGACCAUCCUCACAUCUGGAAAGGUGUGAAUUCCAGUUCUUGUCCCAUUUAUGAGGGAUCAGCAAUAGAGAAGAGUAUGGACUUUCAUUAUUCCGCUGAUUGGGCAUGGCAAACACAGAACCCUACUAAUGGGGUUCCCACAGAGCCACUCUUCUCUACUGCAGCAUCAUCAGGAUUCGCUAAUUCAAGUAUUGCUGCUUCUUCAGCUGCUGUUCAUACAAGUGAAACUGUAUCCCGACACCAUUGUCUACCUUCUGUCGCCAAUUCACCUUACUAUGGCAUGAGCUGAAAUAACUGGCAGUUAGAUUACGACACCAUCUAGACUUCUGUACCUAUAAAACAGGUCGUUUGCAACAUAACAAUAUAGGGUUCUAAUUGAUUCUGGGAUUCUUUUUUGCUAGUCUUUGUUUUCGUCGUCCUGAAAACUUUAGUGAAUGAUGCUUAUGUGCACAAAUGUUGAUUGAAGAAACUGGAUCAAAUGAAUUGAUUGAUAAACGAUGACAA